GCACGGCCCCGGGCUCUCCGUGUGGGUGUCGGCAAUUCCUGAUAAAUCCCAGGUGUUCCCCAUGAGCGUGUCCGCACACUCAGUGUUCUGUCACCUGUGGAAGAUCCUGAGGAGAUUCCCGCAAAGAGACUGAAAACAGAAUGUGUCUCUGGGGCUAACAAGGAGCCUGAAGAGGUUUCUGGGGCUGCCAAGUUGCCACUUAAGGCAGCAAGUAGAAGCCAGGAGACUAAAGAGAGAGAUGACUUCUCCUUCUCUGAUUCUGAAGAUGAGGUUGUGCUCAUUUCUUCUGACUCUUCAUUUGUAGCAUCUGCAGAGGAUGAGGACACAACAGAACCUGACAAAAUGCCUUGUGAUACCAACCCAUGCCUGACUGAGGAAACACCACCCUCUCUUUUCAAGAGAGCUCCAUAUCUGAGCCUGAGCAAGAAUAACUACAUCCCAGCUGCUCUGGAGAGCCCUGUCACACCCAGGCCCCCCAUUAAGGAGCCAGGUCCCAGCUCUCCAGGAGUCAGUGGCACCAGGAGGCCUCUGUGUGCUGCUGAAGAGGAUGUUCAGCAGGCAGAAAACAAGAAAUACAAAGAGCUCUUGAGUCUGUUCAAGGAAAAAUAUGCUGGAAAACUGACCUCUCCACGGCUAUCAAGACUCAACAAAGUUCCAACCAAGGAACCAAGGAUGACUGGGAGUCCCCUGAAAGAGCAGAAAUCCAGAGGUGCCUCUCCACCCGUGCCACAAAGGACCAGCAUCAAACAUGGGGAUGUUUUCAGCCCCCAGCUGCCUCAGAGAGGUGUCAUGAUCAGCUACUACACACCACCAGAAGACUCCCAUGGAGAGGGAAGACAAGAGAAACGAGCUGCUUCAGUGGGCCAGCGUGAAGCUGAAGUCCCCCGAGGAAAGCUAUUCGAGUUCCAUGUGACACCUGUCCUGUCCAAAGACCUCUUUUUUGUGGACAGCGAGCCACUGCUGUGCCCAGAAAAGCCAGCAAAUGAUCUGGCUCCACUGACAGAGGCCAUGGAACGUGAGGUCUCUGCUGCCUUUGACAGUGGUGAGCCUGAGGACAUCCUGAGCAAGGCCUUCAAGCUCACUGUCACCCGUGAGGACAUCAGCACCCUGCAGCCCCCGGGCUGGCUCAACGACAAGAUCAUUAAUUUCUACAUGAGUCUUCUGGUGGAAAGAAGCAAGAAGGAAGGAUAUCCAUCAGUCUAUGCUUUUAAUACCUUCUUUUAUUCCAAGCUGAGCUCUACAAGCCACAAGGGAGUAAAGAAAUGGACCAAAGGUGUGGAUAUCUUUGAGCAUGAUGUCAUCUUGGUGCCUAUUCACCUUAGAAUUCACUGGACGCUGCUGGUCGUUGACCUCCGAGAGAAAACCAUCAAAUACUUUGACUCCUUGGGAGAGAGAGGAGACCACAUUUGCAAAACUGUCUUAAAAUACCUGGAAGAGGAAAGCAGGGAAAAAAGAAACAUUGAAUUGACUGCAUCUGAGUGGACCCUUCACAGCAUGGGCACGGAGGAAAUCCCUCAACAAAACAAUGGAAGUGACUGUGGAGUUUUUACUUGCAAAUUUGCCGAUUUCAUCUCCAGAGACAAACCCAUCACCUUCACUGCGGAGCACAUGCCUUAUUUCCGCAGGAAGAUGGUGUGGGAGAUAAUCCAUAAGCAGCUGCUGGGAGACAUGCACUGUUAGAAAAACACUGUUCUGUUAAAGAGUAGUAUUUAUUUCUUAUUGUUUAGCUGAGAUAAGAUAAAUAUUAACUUAUGUAAGAGCCUUAUUGUAUGAGAACAUUACUUGUUAAGAGAGUAAUUUAUUUUUUAAUUCAAAAUUGA